AGGUUCAUCAAUUUAAUUCAUAAUACUUUUAUCUUCAAUGGAGCGUCCAUAUCAUAUCUCUCUCCCAAAGAACAUCCUCCGUAGUGAUGCUCUUCAUGAGUACAUAUUGGAGACAAGUGUAUAUCCAAGAGAGCACAAACAACUCAAAGGGUUGAGGGAGGAGACCACGAAAAUACCAUGGUCUCGCAUGAGUGUGCCUCCUGAAGAGGGCCUUCUCCUUUCUUUGCUAUUGAAGUUUAUGAAUGCAAAGAAAACAAUAGAGAUUGGGGUAUUCACGGGGUAUUCUCUGCUCACUACUGCUUUGGCUUUGCCAAAUGAUGGAAAGAUAACAGCGAUUGAUCUCGAUAGAAAAUCCUACGAUAUAGGAUUACCCUUUAUUCAAAAAGCAGGAGUUGAACAUAAGAUUAAUUUCAUCGAAUCAGAAGCUCUUCCUGUUCUUGAUAAAUUGCUCCAUGAGAUGAAAGAAGAAGAUCUCUAUGACUUUGCAUUCGUGGAUGCUGACAAGACAAACUACACCAAGUACCACGAGAGACUACUGAAGCUCGUUAAGGUCGGAGGGGCAAUUGCAUACGACAACACUCUCUGGAUGGGGGCGGUAGCAGGGUGGAAGGAGGAACAUGAUCUUCUUCCUACCGACUUCAAGAUCGACAGGGACGCCAUGGUCGAGCUGAACAAGUUCGUGGCUGCUGAUCCUCGCAUCGAGAUCUCGCAGGUCCCCAUCGGCGAUGGAGUCACUCUCUGCAGGCGCCUGUAUUGAGUCUGUGCUGUUUUAUGUUCAAUAAAAGCUACAUGUUAGCUCAUGGUACGUAGUUUGUCGAUCGCUUGAGGCUUGAAUAUGUUCUGGUUAAUAAUUCUCUGGAAACAUCUGCAUUUUACAUAUGUUAAAUGGACGCUUUAUACUGAUGUUUAAGAACUUGUUUCUUCUUCUGGGUGGUUUCGUGGAAUUUACACAAAUCUUUAACAAU